UAAUUAUAUAACAAAUAAAUAUGUAUAUAUACAACAACUACAUGUAGGAUUUAUUUUAUGAGUAAUUUAGGUACUUUAAAGAUAUUUAUAAAAAUGUCCAGUUUCGACUUAAAAUCAAUCGAUCGAGAAAAAGGAUAUGCAGUUUUGUCACUGUUAAUAUGCUCUCUACAGACAGCGGAAAUAAUUAAUGUAUAACUCUUCAUUUAUGACAUCCACAGAAGAAAUAUCAUAUUGGUUUUGAUAAUUAGGAUUUUUUUUACCUAUAACUGGUGAUUGGACAUGUGGAUAAGUUAUCCGUUAUGUUUGUGACACUUUACUACUGGACGUGAUUGCUCGAUGUACGCAAGUCCCGCCUUACUAAUAAAGACCUAAACGUGAAUCUUCUGCCGUCCUGAAAGCUGUCGUCUGCAAAUGGAUAGUGACAAUUUAUCUUACUCUCUGAAGGACGAGGGAAAAAGGGAAAUGUUUGAAUCUUUCCACUACUGGGCCAUUCAGAAUUAUGGGGACAGCGGAAAAACAAAAACAGUGACACAUAAAAAGUACCAACGGAUUACAGAUAUCCUGACUGGAGAUGAGCCUCCGACGGCUGGAAAUUCUAAAUUCAGAUUUUGGGUUAAAGCAAAAGGAUUCCGUUUAGGACCUGUAGAUAGCAGUGACCCGUCGAGAACUUGUUUAUAUGUUCCAACAAAACCUGUUACCGAUUCUAACAGUAAUGAUACUAGCAAAGAGUACAAAAGAGUGGCCAUAGUGGAAGAUUUCUUUGACAUCAUAUAUGGAGUACACGUGGAGAUGGAUGGACGCGGCGGAAAGCACGCAGGACAAAAAAGAACAUAUCGAGCGAUUGCUGAAAAAUAUGCCUUUUUACCUCGAGAGGCUGUAACACGGUUUCUUAUGUCAUGUGCUGAUUGCCAAAAGAGGAUGCACUUAUCUUCUGCCGAUAGUUCAAAUAACGAAUCUGUCAACAAUAGUUUUGUAAUUCCCCAGUCGCAAUACAACUUCAGAACAACGGAGCAUGACAACGAAGCACAGAGUGUACCUAUUGUAGACUUCAACAUGCCAAUUACUCAAACAUACCUCAAUCACCUCAAGUACAGAAACCUCCACACAGAAGCUUACAGCGACGAGGAGAGUAUGUCUACAACAGACAGUCUGGUCAGUGAAGCGAGUCCUGUUACGGAUAUUAGGACCAGCACACCUGUGAAAGAUGCCCCAUCUGAGAACGGAGACGCAGUAAAUGGACCUGUAAAUUUAUCAACACCAAAGAGUACCAGGAGUACAGAUAGUCCAAUGGAAGAAGAUAAAAUAUCAAUUGCUAAAUCACCGAUCCCUAGAAAUGACAGAAAACGACGAGCAAGCGAUGACAGUAGUGCAGAGAGUUCAACCAAGACUAGUGAGGUAGAAAUGGGCGAUGAUCAAGACGGCAAAGAUGAUGACGAUGACAAUGACGACGAUGAUGACGAAAAAAUUCCAGUUGGGAAAGAAAUUGACCCCGAGAGACUGAAAGCUUUUAAUAUGUUUGUUCGAUUAUUUGUCGAUGAAAACUUGGACAGAAUAGUACCCAUAUCAAAACAACCUAAAGAUAAAGUUCAAGCAAUUCUAGAAGCAUGCGAUCGUCAGUUUCCGGAAUUUCACGAGAGAUCACGAAAGAGGAUCAGAACUUACCUCAAGUCCUGUAGACGAAUGAGAAGAACAAAAGAGCAAAAUGGUUGGGAACCGCAGCUUAGACCAACACCUCCCCACCUGACUUCAGCAGCAGCAGAAGGUCUUCUUAGUAGUGCAUGUGAAAACGAGAGUAAUAAUGCCAAGAGAAUGCGCAUGGGACUUGAACCACUUCCGGCAUCGGUAAUGAACGCAGCAAAGGAAUCAUCCACCACUAACCAAAGUCAGUCACAAACAUCUACACCACUAUCAACGCCUUCAUCACAGAAGCAGACGACACCACCACCACCACCAGCACCACCUGCUGUCCAGGUCGCUCACAGUCGGUCUUCACCAGCACCACAGCCCUCAGCAACUCCUCAGGCUGAAAGGCAUUCACAGAGUAACAGUGAUUUCCUACGACACCAGCCUCCGCCACCCGCCUUUAGGCCUCCUCCAGAGUUUCAUUCGCCAUUUUUCCCGAACGGAAACGGACUUUUCCGUCCCGGUUUUCCGCCAACCUAUCAGCAUCCAGCCCAUCAUCAUCCAACAGUGUUGUCACAUAGUUCUAUUACACAGAACUCUGUACAAAAUGGACCAACCGAUUUAAGCUUGAAGAAAAACUCCGCAAAGAACCAGCUAAGUUCUACUGAGAUAACAACUAUUAAGCAGCUCAUUGCAGGAUAUCGUGAAUCUGCCGCCUUUCUUUAUCGAUCAGCAGACGAACUUGAACAAUUACUUCUGCAGCAAAACUGACAGUAGAUUAUGUACAACUAAACUUGUGAAAUUCAUUUAAAUAUAAUGUAAUUACUUGAUUAUUUAUAGCAUGAAUUUUGUUUAAAACUACUAUUUACUAUAUGAUAGUCAACCAUGUGCAGGAUGUUUUUUUUAUUAACUUGGUGAAAGGCCCCAAUAUGUAGAACUUGUCACAAUUUUUCGAAUCAUGUUUUGAACUUAUUCAUGUCAUAAACGUGGGUCAUAUAUAAUAGAUUGUUGUUUUGUAUGAGUCAGAGUUAUCUCGAUGUUCUAUUUUGUCUAAGAUAGAGAGAAUCCUUUAUUGUCUCUAACUAAAUUUAAAUAUAUGAAUGGGAUGUCCUGAAAAUAUUGUUGUAAUAUGAUUAAAUUUUUAUUGGAUAUUUGUUUUCAAAGAAAAUUCAUACCUGCAUAUUUUCAAGGUUCAUGCUUUGUCACUAUAAAUAUUUUAGUUCAUGACAAUCCAUUUUUUUUUAAACUUCAAACAUGUAAUUGUGUUUUAUAUAACUAUACCGGGAUAAAUUAUUACAGAUUAUUUUUUGGGCUGAUUUUCAUAACAUAUAUGGUGCAUAUUUCAUGCUCUAGCUCAUUGUUCUGUGAUCUUGCAGGGAUAUUGAAUAACUAGUCAAAUUUUACAUUUAUAUAUUAACAUGUGUAUAGUUGUGGGCUUACUUGUCUGUGUUUCCAUUGAUAUUAUAUUUUACAAUUACAGAGCUAUUUUUGUAUUUUUAAUGUUUGAUAUUUGUAUGAAUUUGCAGUUGUGGUCACAUUAUCCCAGGAAAGUGCUAGAUUCUCUUAACAUUUUAGUCAUUUCUUAUUUAUUUUGUUGUAAACUUGUUAAAACCUUCAAUAUUUUCUGUACUUUAAUCUUCAAUUGCCUGAAGUACUUUCGUUAUUGUUUUUGGAAAAGAUAAUGAGUGUUCUUUUUGGUGUACUAACAAAUAAAACGUUCUUCACAUGUUAUUUUUAAUUAAUGCAUUUGAAGUACUAUACUAUAUGAUUUUGUGUGGUUUUGCUUUAAAGUAAAGUAUUUUAUUGCUACAUUAUGUAAGCAUAUGUAAAAAUAAACAACUUCAAUGGCACAUAAUUUAUAAAUGGCAUAGCACUGGAGUGAAAAUAAAGAAUAAAAGUGAAAAUGCCAACCAUAUCCUGUUAAGACAAGUACUUGUUUUGGUUAGGACAUUUUCUUGUGCCCUUCCUGCUCAUUUGCUGCUCUUUAUAUACUACAAUAGUAUUUACUAACUAACAUAGUACAAUAAUAUUAUUAUAAUUAUUUGUAAAAAAGAAAUACUGUUAUGAUAUUGAAGUACAAAAUAUAUGCUAAUAAUUGUACCAUUUGAAAUAUGCUCUAAAACAUAUAUUAAGAGACUUUACUUAAGUCUUUCACACGAAAAAGUAAAAUUCUUCAAAAUUUUAAUGUAUGAGUUGAAUCAAAAAAAGUUUUUAUAUUAUAAGAGGACGUUUGUGCAAUUAUUGAUUAAGAUAAUAGGAGUAAGACGAGUCUUAUACUUCUCAUGUUACUCAAAGAAAUCACAACAGAUGAUUUUUUAUAAUUUAUAUAACGUGGGAUGCUUACAUUCUCAGAAAUGAGAUAAACUAUUUGCAUUGAAAUUAAAUUUUACUGGAAAAUGCUGUACUGUAUUAUCAUUAUGAAUUUGAAAAUUACUUUUACUUUUAAAUUAAAAGGCAAUCAUUUUACUAAUCUGCCUCAGUUGUGUUCAUAAUUUGUAGAUAUUUCUUGUGUUUAUUUAUUAGACAUUCCUUUGUUUUGUUUUGUUAUUUAUUUAUUUCUGUUGUUUUCAGUAUUAUUUACUAUACUAUAUGACUGUUUUUAUUUUUAUGUAUUUUUGAUCUCAAAAGUGCAAUAGAUUAAAAUUAGGUGGAUAUUCAAUAUUUAUAUUCAUGUAAUGUAUUUUGUCUUGUGAAAAGAAAUAUUAAAAUUGAGGAAUAAUACUGGAAAAA